CUAUGCAUAUAUAUGUGAAUUUGAUAUGGAUUUUGCUCUUGCUUCUUUCACUUCGUGGAUUGAUUUUGCUUCCUGAUUAGAUCAAUCAUUUGUUCUUGGCUGAUCAGUUCAUGUUUUAACUGCAGAACACUAUUUAUUUGUCGUCAGGGAGGUGUGUAAACAUGGAUUUACUAGGUAGCUGCAAGGACAAGCUGACAUAUUUCCGGAUAAAGGAACUCAAGGAUGUUCUCACUCAACUUGGUGUAUCAAAGCAAGGAAAGAAGCAGCCUUCAUCCUUCAUGAGAGAAACUGGGAUUUAUGGUGCACUUGCUGUUAAGCUGAAAUCUUUGGCACCUCCACCUGACCUUGUUGAUCGAAUAUUGACCAUCUUGUCUGAUGAACAGGUGUCGGGAGUAUGGGCAAAGAAGAAUGCUUUUGGCAAGGAACAGGUGGCAAAAAUUGUGGAUGAUAUUUACAGAAAAAUGCAGGUCUCUGGAGCACCUGACUUGGCUUCAAAAUUGCAAGGAUUCUCAGAUAGUAGCAGUGCAAAGUUUAAGGACGAAAUAGAAGACUCUUACAAGAUGGAUAAGAUUCAAUGUCCAUGUGGAAGCACCUUACAAACGGAUUCAAUGAUUAAGUGUGAAGAUCCCAAAUGCCAUGUGUGGCAACAUAUUAGCUGUGUUAUCAUUCCAGAGAAAGCCAGAGAGAGUGGUAUUCCACCAAUACCACCUGGAACUUUCUAUUGUGAACUGUGCAGGUUGAGACGUGCUGACCCCUUCUUGGUACCAGUGGCAAAUCCUUUACCUUCAGUAAAGCUGACUGUUACAGAUGUCCCACCUGAUGGAACAAACCCGGUGCAGAGUAUUGAGAAAACAUUUCAACUUACAAGAGCAGAUAGAGACUUACUGGCCAAACAAGAGUAUGAUCUUCAGGCUUGGUGCAUGCUUCUCAAUGACAUGGUCCACUUUAGGAUGCAAUGGCCUCUGCAUACAGCUCUGCAAUUCAAUGGGGUCACACUUCGAGCAAUAAACAGACCUGGCACACAAUUGUUAGGGGCUAAUGGUCGAGAUGAUGGACCUAUAAUAACACCAUGCAUUAGGGAUGGUAUCAAUAAAAUCUCCUUAACAGGUGUUGAUGCUCGUGUAUUUUGUUUCGGUGUUAGAAUUGUAAAGCGGCGUACUGUGCAACAGAUACUUAACUGUAUUCCUAAGGAGUCUGUUGGCGAGAGAUUUGAAGAUGCUCUUGCUCGAGUUUGUCGUGUUGGUGGUGGGAAUGCCACAGAAAAUGCUGACAGUGACAGUGAUAUUGAAGUAGUUGAUGACUACAUUCCUGUGAAUCUUCGAUGUCCUAUGAGUGGUUCAAGGAUCAAAGUUGCUGGAAGAUUCAAGCCCUGUGUUCACAAGGGUUGUUUUGAUCUUGAAGUUUUUGUUGAAAUGAAUCAAAGGACGAGAAAGUGGCAAUGUCCCAUUUGUCUCAAGAAUUACUCUCUUGAGCAUAUUAUUAUUGACCCGUAUCUCAAUCGAAUUGCUUCAAAGUUAAGGAAUUGUGGAGAAGAUGUGACAGAGAUUGAGGUGAAACCUGAUGGUUCUUGGCGGGCUAAUGUGGAAGGUGAUAGAAACAGUCUUGGUGAUCUUGGACUAUGGCACUUACCUAAUGGGAAUCUUUACACAUCUUCAGAUGCAGACUCUAAGCCAAAGCCUGAAAUUCUUAAGCAGGAGGGUGGUUCUAAUGGUCAUGGCGGUCUCAGAGUUGGACUGAAGAAAAAUCCCAAUGGCAUUUGGGAAGUCAGUAAAUCUGAGGAUGUUCCUACAUUGACAAAUAAAAUGCAAGAUAAUUUUGUGAGUGGUCAGGGUGUCAUUCCCAUGAGCAGCAGUGCAACGGGGAGUGGCAAAGAAGGUGAAGAUCGCAGUGUAAAUCAGGAUGCCAUUGGGAUCCUCAAGUUGCCUACCAACAAUGGGAUUGACUUUGAAUCUGUUUCACUUGAUUUGGAUUGUGCAUAUGGUAUUAGUGAUAGAAACCCAUCCAUACUGUUGGGGGAAGCUGAAGUUAUUACCUUGAGUGAUUCAGAUGAAGAAAAUGAACCGCCAAUGCUUCAUGGAAAUGUCCAGGGCAACAACAGGAUAGAUUCUGCUAUACUCCCUUUUCCAUUGCAACAGCAUGGAAUUCCAGAUUCGUAUCAUGAAGAUCCUGCUUUUGCUAAUGAGGGUAAUUCAUGCCCUGGUCUGUUUGGUACUAGUAACAAUGACUUUGAGAUGCACACAUGGCAUUUGUCUCACAAUACCCAGGGAGGUCCAGGCUAUCAAUUAUUUGGUUCAGAUGCAGAUGUCUCGGGUUCCUUUGCUGUUGUACAGCCUCAGUCCAUUGAUUUUCCCAGUUCCAUUGAUUGCUAUGGGUUUCUAACAGAUGACAACAUUGGAUCGGUUGGUGUUGUACCUGACUCUUCUGUUGGUUGUCAUAAUGCCAAUAUAAAUGAUGGUUUGAUUGUCAAUUCUAUGUCGUUUGGUGGUGCUGAUCCCCCUCUUCAGAUAUUUCUUCCAACUAGACCAUCAAAUGCAGCCACAGACACUAAUACAAGAGAUCAACCAGAUGUCACAAAUGGUGUUCAAACUGAGGAUUGGUUUUCACUUACACUGGGGAGUGGAGGCAUUAGGUCUAGAGCUGAUUCUGCAGCUGCUAAUGGGUUAACUUCAGAUCAGCAAUUGCAAUCCAAAGAUGGUGGCUUGUAUUCAUUGACUGACACUGUUUCACUGCUUGGGAUGAAUGAUAAUAAAUGCAAUAAGAUGAGCAGAGAAAGAUCAGAUAACCCUUUCUCAUUCCCUCGCAAACGUCGUUCUGCAAGGCCAAGAUCAUACCCUUUCUCAUUCCCUCGCAAACGUCGUUCUGCAAGGCCGAGAUCAUAUCUAAGUGUCAAUUCUGAUUCUGAAUCCAUAAACUACAGGUUGCCAUGUGCAUAUGAUAAAUGAAGGGGCCAACAUAAUCUGUGACAAGAUUUCUCUAGGAUGCUGGUGGUCCCUGAGCACAAUGAUGUAGAGAAAACUUGACUUGUAUGAUUGUCAAUUUUGGAGCGCCUUGUUCCCGGGUUGUACAUUUGAACAUCUUAAAAAUUAAAAAGUGGAAGCACCUUGCUGAUAAUUUACUUUUUGAUAGUGAAGUUUCCUUUUUCUUAGAUAGAUAGAUAGAUUGUUAGAAGUCCCCACCCAUUUCUCUUAUCAUACUAGACUAUAGAAGCCUAGAAGUCUGCCAUGAAAUUUUGUGCUAUGAUCAAGUAGAAAGUGCUAGGGUACAUUGGUGGGAAAAGCUUACUGUUGAGAAUUUUUGCACUAGGGUGGCCGUAGUAUUUCUUUGUUACU